AAGCGUGCGUGGUAAUGGCGCCCCGUACGCCCCUCCGACCCGACGCCCGCCGCGGGCGCGCGCUCGCACGCCGGAAGGGGCGGGGCCAAGAGGCUCUUUAUAUAUCGUGUACAGCGGUCCGAUCGACCUCUACCGGCGGGAUCUUGCGGCGCGAUGUCUCACAGGAAGUUCUCUGCUCCCCGACAUGGAUCCUUGGGCUUCUUGCCCCGGAAGCGCAGCAGCAGGCAUCGUGGGAAGGUGAAGAGUUUCCCUAAGGAUGACCCUUCUAAGCCUGUCCAUCUCACAGCCUUUCUCGGCUACAAGGCUGGCAUGACCCACAUCGUGCGGGAAGUCGAUAGGCCAGGAUCCAAGGUGAAUAAGAAGGAGGUUGUGGAGGCUGUGACCAUAGUGGAGACACCGCCCAUGGUGGUUGUAGGCAUUGUGGGCUAUGUUGAAACCCCUCGAGGCCUCCGAACCUUCAAGACCAUCUUUGCUGAGCACAUCAGUGAUGAGUGCAAAAGGCGCUUCUAUAAGAACUGGCAUAAAUCUAAGAAGAAGGCCUUCACCAAAUACUGCAAGAAGUGGCAGGAUGACAUGGGCAAGAAGCAACUGGAGAAGGACUUCAAUAGCAUGAAGAAGUACUGCCAGGUCAUUCGCAUUAUUGCCCAUACCCAGAUGCGGCUGCUUCCUCUGCGCCAGAAGAAAGCCCACCUGAUGGAGAUCCAGGUGAAUGGAGGCACCGUGGCUGAGAAACUGGACUGGGCCCGGGAGAGGCUGGAGCAGCAGGUCCCUGUGAACCAGGUGUUCGGGCAGGACGAGAUGAUUGAUGUCAUUGGUGUGACCAAGGGGAAAGGCUACAAAGGGGUCACCAGUCGCUGGCAUACCAAGAAGCUGCCUCGCAAGACCCACAGAGGGCUGCGCAAGGUUGCCUGUAUCGGAGCCUGGCAUCCUGCCCGUGUGGCCUUCUCUGUGGCUCGGGCUGGGCAGAAAGGCUACCAUCACCGCACUGAGAUCAACAAGAAGAUCUACAAGAUUGGUCAGGGCUACCUCAUCAAGGACGGCAAACUAAUCAAGAAUAAUGCCUCCACUGACUAUGACCUGUCCGACAAGAGCAUCAACCCUCUGGGUGGCUUUGUCCACUAUGGUGAAGUGACCAAUGACUUCGUCAUGCUGAAAGGUUGUGUGGUGGGGACCAAGAAGCGAGUGCUCACCCUCCGCAAGUCCUUGCUGGUACAGACCAAACGGCGCGCUCUGGAGAAGAUCGACCUUAAGUUCAUUGACACCACCUCUAAGUUUGGCCAUGGCCGCUUCCAGACUAUGGAGGAGAAGAAAGCAUUCAUGGGACCGCUUAAGAAAGACCGCAUUGCCAAGGAAGAAGGUGCUUGACGUCUGGAGCGUGAGCCGCUGUCUGCAGCAAAUAAAGACUUUCUCAGUGAC